AUACCAAACCGUUCCUUUCAGCACAGUACAAAAGAUAACCAUCUCGAUGGACGCGGAUACCUUAUUCCCGGACAUCUACAGAAACAUGUUCAAGAGAACAAUAGACGACCUCGACCUAAACCGCUUCCUCGACAGUGACAGUGACAGUGGAGGAGGCCCUGUUCCCCCUCAGCGGAAACGCAAACGAGCUCCACCAAAACUUCCCCAGCCUUUGUACAAAGCAGUCGUCAAAGAUCUCGCCGAGUCUGGUACGAUCAGAGUCAGCUCGUCAACUGCAGACAUUGAUAAUACGAUCCUUGAGAGAAUCAAAAAAUGUCUCGAUCGCGCCAAUCACCCUGGCACACCUGAGGCCGAAGCCAAAGUUGCGCUUCAUCGAGCCUCACGCUUGAUGGGGCAGUACAAUGUCACCCAAGCGGAAGUACUUGCCCAUGAACCACCUUCUGCCCAGAGGAAUUACGCUGGACAAAGCAACGUCGAGAUUGUCCGAGUCGACGGCGACAAAUCCAAGUCUGUGAAGCAUCAGAACUAUGUCAAUACCCUUCUGAGCGCCAUAACACUCUUUUUUGACUGCAAAUCUUACUCGACUACCUACAACCAUUUUCUGAAGCUCACAUUCUAUGGCAUUGCGCAGAACACGGUCACUGCUGCUCUGUCGUUUGAGAUGGUAUAUAACUUGAUUGCCGAGUGGGCAAGACCUCACAGGGGUACUGGCCCAAGAAAUAGCUACACCAUUGGUGCCAGUGAUGGACUAUACAAAAUGGCAAAGAAGAGAAAGGCAGAUGAACUGGCUGAAGCCAAGAAGGCUGAGAAGGAGGCAACAGAGGCUAAAAUCCGGCAAGAGGAACUCGAGCGCCAGGCUCAAUUGGAUCGUCUCGCACCUCAUGUGGACGAUGAGCAAGUGGAGGAUGAGCCAGUGGACCUCUGUUCUCCGGAGGCAGCAGCGCCUGCCUAUGAACCUAGUGAGGCCAGCAGUGAUGAGGAUAUGACUGAUUAUGAAGAUAGUGUCAAAGACGAGCCCCUGUCUGACUCGGAGCUGCCUGGCGGAAGCCCUGGCGCAAAUGAACACUCGCCAAUUGUGCUAGACGAAGAUAGCGGCGAUGACUGUGCAGAGCCAGACUUCAAAGUGGAGGUUGGAACGAUGGAUGACAUCUGGGGAGAUUUGGAUGAAGAAAUCAACAGCUUCAUCGGACCGGGCACGGCGGCACCGCCAGCACCCAAUACUGAAGUACCAUCUCACACAUCAGCGCCUGGAAAAAAUGCCGGCGCAUCAGCUGAUGUGGAUGAGGAGCCAGAGUCGAAAUGGGCUUCGCAAAUGCAGCUCGAUAUUUUCCGUGCAACGGCCACCAAGAUUGCGGAAGAGUAUCUCACUGAGAAAGGUGUUAAGCUCAAGAAUGGGAGGAAGAGAAGCAAUGUGAUACGCGACCACAAGGCGUAUAAGCAAGGACAGAAGGAUGGCAAAAAGAUUGACGUCCACAGGAAGGCUAUAAAAGAAUGAGUGUUUUCUGGUGGAUGGACCGGGUCUGGACGUACUUGGCGGUCAUACGAGACUCGAGUUGCACCGGCACAGAGGAAAAGUCGAUGGAUACAUAGCGUUAAAUUGCAAUAUACCAAUCAAGGUGCUUUAUGAUACAGACACGGAUAGUUGCAUGGCAGAGAUUGCAAAGGGAUAUUCAACAAACGGAGAAGAUGGCAAUUCAGGAGACAGAAAGACAAUAUUUAUAUGCCAUGGGAGGAUAAUAAUAGGUCUUAGAAUUCGUGCUUUGCGCAGAUAAACGGC